GACCCACUUUGAAUAAAAUAUUACGAUAAUCCAAUGAACAACGAGCCCCUAAAUUGAACAGGGUUCUUCAACCGUUCUGCUCUAAUCUCCAAGUGCUCUGUAUAAAAUUCCUCUCUGAAACUCUCAUUUCCUUAUUCUAUCUCUGAUUUCAUCUAAAACCCAUAUGGAUUCUUUUGAUUUUGCCCACUUUUUAAGCCGAAAGUGAAGUAUAAAAUGCUGCUGUCUCAAUAUUCGGCGUUUUUAUUGAUUUCGUUCGUUUGAGAUUUGGGGUAUUCAAGGGUAAAUCUGAAUCGAUUUGAGGGAUCGAUGUCUACGGCGAGUUCGAGCUCUGUAAGGAAACCUAGUGAAUCUGUUCCUCUACAGUUUCCGGCCGGCCUUCGUGUUCUUGUUGUUGAUGAUGAUCCUACCUGCCUUAUGAUCUUGGAGAAGAUGCUUCGGAUUUGUCGCUACGAAGUAACGAAAUGUAGUCGAGCUGAGGAUGCGUUAUCGGUCCUCAGACGUUACAAGAACGGGUUCGAUAUCGUUUUGAGCGAUGUUCAUAUGCCAGACAUGGAUGGAUUCAAGCUUCUGGAAUGCAUUGGACUUGAAAUGGACUUGCCUGUGAUUAUGAUGUCGGUGGAUGACGGGAAAAACGUUGUUAUGAAGGGAGUGACUCAUGGUGCUUGUGACUACUUAAUAAAACCUGUUCGAAUUGAAGCGUUGAAGAACAUAUGGCAGCACGUUGUUCGUAAGCGGAAGAAUGAAUGGAAGGACUUGGAGCAAUCUGGUGUUGAGGAUGUCGAUCGACAGCAAAAGGCGAAUGAAGAAGCAGAUUAUUCAUCUUCUGCUAAUGAAGGAAGUUGGAGGAACUCGAAGAGGAGGAAGGAGGACAUAGACGAUGCUGAGGAGAGGGAUGACUCAUCGACCCUAAAGAAACCGAGGGUUGUUUGGUCCGUUGAGCUUCAUCAACAGUUCGUGGGUGCUGUUAAUCAACUAGGAAUCGAGAAGGCUGUUCCCAAGAAGAUUCUCGAAUUGAUGAAUGUUCCUGGACUCACUAGAGAAAACGUUGCCAGCCAUCUUCAGAAAUAUCGCCUGUACCUGAGAAGAGUAAGUGGAAUGACACUGCAACAGAGUAAUCUGAACAACACGUUCAUGAGUGCCCAAGAAGCAUUUGGCUCGACGUUGAACGGGCUUGAUCUUCAAACGCUCGCUGCUGCUGGUCAACUCCAGCCACAGAGCCUUGCUACGCUCCAAGCAGCGGGAUUUGGUCGGUCUACAGCGAAAUCAGGCAUGCCUAUGCCUCUUGUUGACCAAAGGAACCACUUUUUUAGCUUCGAAAAUCCGAAGUUGAGAUUCAGUGAUGGACAACAGGCACAUUUGAACGGUAGUAAACCGAUGAAUCUUCUUCAUGGAAUUCCGACAACGAUGGAGCCGAAACAGCUAGCUAAUCUGCAGCAGCACUCUGCACAAUCUCAUGGAAACAUGACAAUGCAAGCUAGUGCCCAAGGAGGCCAAACUAGCUCUCAACUGAUGCAGACACCUCAACCACAAGCUCGACCACAGAUCCUAAAUGAAUGUACAGCAACGAGCGUUACAAGGCUUCCACCAACAAUACAGCAGUCGAUAUUGCCGAAUGGAACUGCUGGUUCGGUUUUGGCUAGGAAUGAAUUUACGACUAACAGCAGAGGUGGAGGCUACAAUCUAAUUUCACCAGCCUCAACAAUGUCAAAUUUUCCCAUGAACCAAACUGCAGAAUUGCCUGGUAACAGUUUUCCACUUCAAAGUACACCAGGGAUGUCGAGUAUUGUCCCAAAGGGAAGAUUCCCGGACGAGGUUAACUCAGUCUCGGAUAUUAAAGGAUCUGACGGUUUCGUUCCGAGCUAUGAUAUGUUUAGGGAUCUGCACCCUCAGAAGUCAGAUUGGGACUUGCAACACGUAGGCGUGACCUUCGAUGCAUCGCAAGGUAGUCUUGACAUUCCGACCGCAGCAUUUGGUCAUCAAGGGUAUGCCUCUAGCCAACAAAAUGGACAUAACAGGCACACAUCUACAGUAGGCAAGGCCAUGUUCUUGUUGGAAGAAGGAAGUGACAAUGGGAAUGCCCAAAGUAUGGGUCAACAACUCAAUCCUCUUUUCGAUGAUGGUUCGGUGAGAGUUAAAAUGGAACGAGCUUCGGAAACCAGCAGUCAAACCGACCUUUUUUCUGAACACUUUGGUCAGGAGGAGGACCUAAUGAGUGCACUUCUUAAACAGCAGCAGGGAAGCAUUGCAACAGCUGAAAGUGAGUUGGAAUGGUUUCAUCAUAAUACUCCUGUUUAAGAAUGUUGGUCUAGCUUGGAAAGCAUAUGAACAGCCAUUAUGAACGGCCAUUGCAUAUCAGCAGGCAGAUCAUUUUAGAUGUAAUAUUGUGAAGUUCAUUUAGCACUGAAGCAUAGUAAUGUGCAGAUUCUUUCGACCGCUUCCACGGAGAGACUAACUCGAGUCUGGUUGUGGAAUCGGGCGCUACGUCGGUGCUCUUGGCUCAUGGAAUUGAGAUUUUUGAUGCAAUUGCCAGGUUUAAGGACCCCUUAUGACUCCAUAACCUACUGAAAAACAAUACUCUUCCUAUGUUCAUAGCAAUUGCAGUUCACUUUCAUGUACAUAUUCGGCUAUAUGGUUCAAGACAUCAGUUUAGAGAUACUAAGUUAUCCUUUUGUAAUCGUAAAAUUUUGAGAUUUUCAUUGCCAUUCAUAUUCGUCUUUCACUUUC